AAUCCUUCCACCAUGUCCCGGAGUGAGAUUAAUAUGUGAACCGGUAUUUUAGCAAGAAAUAAUGGCACCGUCUUGUUUAGAAACACAGUUUUUGUGGAACGUUCCUCGGUGACAAGUGACGUCGUUAUUCAAAGUAUUUUUCUUCGUAAUUCGACACUUACACACGCGCGAAGUCGUACGCAAAAAUAGUGUUUUCCCUACUGGUGCCUGCGACUUUUCCCUAAGUGACGCGGAUGUGGCGUGAAUAGGGGAUGCUUUGAUUAGAACAAUAAAUAUACGUAUGGCGGUGUUAUAUGAUUUUUCAAUACGGAACGCUCUAUCUUCUUUUUUAAAACUGGCGUCGUCAGUAUGCCAUCACGUUAGCACUUUGCUUGGCCUUCGUUGGGAACUUCGUGGUCGUGAACAUUUGGAAAAAGAACAAGCCUGCAUCAUUGUAGCAAACCACCAGAGCUCUUUAGAUAUUUUAGGCAUGUUUGAUAUAUGGCCAAUAAUGGAUAAAUGUACCGUAGUUGCUAAAAAAGAAAUAUUCUAUGCUUGGCCAUUUGGUCUUGCAGCAUGGUUGAGUGGUCUAAUUUUCAUAGAUAGAAUGAAUUCAGAAAAGGCUCGCUUCGUCAUUAAUACGGCCACAAAUCACAUCAUAGAGCAGAAGAUUAAACUGUGGGUAUUUCCCGAAGGGACAAGACACAACACCGGCGAAAUACAUUCCUUCAAAAAGGGCGCAUUUCACGUUGCCAUAAGCUCUCAGUUACCCAUUUUGCCUGUUGUAUUCUCAUCAUAUUAUUUUUUAUCGGCGAAAGACAGACGAUUUGAUCCAGGACGUGUUGUUAUAACAACAUUACCACCAAUAUCUACCAAAGGCUUGGGUAAAGCAGAUAUUGAAGCUUUGAUGAAUAAAACAAGAAAAUCUAUGUCAGAAGUGUUCCACGCUACAAGCCUGGAAGUGCAGGCUUCGCGCUCAUCGAUACAACAUGUGAAAUGAAAAGGUUGAAAUCUUAAUUUUUUCUAAUUACGCAAAUAAGUCAAUUUUUAGGAAAUAUUUUUGUUUACACCCAAGUUAUUGGCGAAAAAUAAUUAUUUGUGUACAAUUUACUUGAGACCAAAGGUUGCAUUCUUUCUGAAGAAUUUAGUUAUAUUACAAAGAGAAAGGUCGUUCUCAAUCUUCUGUAGUUUGAUAAGUUAGUCUUAGGUUAUACACAAAUGACUUAGAAAAAGACUUUAGUACUCUUGGUUGCUUCGGGUUGAUAUGUUCCUAAAUCAAUUAUAAUAUUCUCAUACUUCUAUAAAACUUUGGACUUAUAAUUUAGUAUCAUGUGUACGAAUAUAGUCAAGAUAGAGGAUUCUCUAUAUUUAGAGUGAACCCUAUUUAUCUCAGGUCCAAAAAAUACAAUGUUAAGCGUUUCACUAAAUCAACCAAAGAUUAAGAACCCAAGCUUCGGAUUAGUAUUAUAAUUUCCAAACUUGCGUAAUCUUACAAUUAGACAAACAAUAUAAUGAACUUUUAUUGUACGUGAACUUUGUUCUUUAGCAAAUAAUUUAUAAGUUUACGUGACUUGCAUAGUUCUGUCAAACUUUACAAUGAAUGAUUUUAAUUAGCUAUAGUAUAGGCGAAAUAU